AUGACAUCUACUAAAUCAUCACCACUUUCAAUGUUGUACCAAAAAUUCCCCUUCAAUCAAUGUCUUGACGAUCAUUUGUUUGAAACAACAAAUUUAAUCAAACACGGCAUCAACUUAACCAUUCAAAUGGGUACAUUAACAUUAAAUGAUAUAUCGUCUUGUGAACUAAGCUUACAAGCAAUGGAUAAGCUAUCGAAAUCACCAUCUGAUAACCAAAAUCAAAUUUCUGAAACUAAUACAGAAGACGUUGAUUAUCAUAUACCUCCAAGUCCCAUAUUAAUCCCUAUCGAGCCACCAAAAUCAUCUAUAAAGAGAAGAAAUAGUAGCAACAGCAGUAUUGGCAGCUUUACCACCACCAGUAGUUCACCAAUAAUGGAUAAUCACACAACACGUUCUCUAUCAUCAUCUGACAUGUCAUUACUAAUAUGCAGGAAGAAACUACAAAAUAUUAUUGAAGAGUUUUUCAUUACUAUUUGCAAUCAAAAUGAAAAAUUAUACCAAGAAAUAAGUAAUUAUGUUAUCAACUCGAUUGUACAGAAUGAAUCCAAUUUGGAAAGUUUUUUGAGCAAAAUUGUUAAUCAUAAAUAUAAACGGGAAUUAGUUGAAAUCAUCCAAACAUUAUUUAUGGAAAAAUAUGAAGAGAUCAAAUUGGAAGAAUUGAUUGAUUUUCUUAAUAAUUUGAUUAAUUUGCGAUUAGAUUCAGUUAAGGACUUAAAUGAUCCUUCCGUUUACAAAAUUUACUAUAAGAUUUGGAGGCUAAGUAUAAAUAAUUAUCGCUAUUAUGAUGAAGAAUAUUUUUUUGAUUAUUUCAAUAAUUCAUUUAGCAAUCUGGAGAAUAUUCUAUUACAAAAUGGAUUUCUACUAAAUUACAAGAGAUUCACUCAUUAUUUCAGCAAAGAUUUAACAAAUUACGAUGACGAUGACGAUGACGACGACGAACAAGACAAUGAUGAGGAUAUAAUUGGAAAAGAAGAAUUGGCCCUUGUUGAGAACAUUAACGAUGACAUUUCAUACCAAAACAAUACUGCACCCAACUCGCCCAAUUAUGCCUACAAGUAUGAAAAUACUGAUACUCAACAAUUACUGUUGGAUCCAUUGGACCAGGACCAUAUUCCAAAACUGUUAAGAUUUAAUGAAGAUAUAGAUAUCAUCAAUAUUAAUCGGUACCUACCGGUAGAUCACGUUUUGUACAACCAAUUUUUAGAUCAAUUAGAACAAAAUAAAUGA